AUGCAUAAUUUUUAUUUGUUCCAAGCGGUCAAUAAAUAUCAAAAUAUCAACUUUAUAAUCCUAAGCUUUUGAAUUAUUAAUCUUACAUUCAUGAUAUUAGGAUUUUGUUUAAAAAUAGCUUGAAUGAACAACAAAAUAACUUUUUAAACACUUCUUGUAAUAUAAUACAAUAAUUAUUUGAUAUAUAAAAAUAAACAGUAAUAGAAUCAACCCAAAUAUCAAAAAUAAAUUUUGAGAAUGAAACAAAAAGUUUUAACUUAGGCGUCUUAGAGUUUAUUAUGGAUCCUUUUGAGCAAGAUGAAAAAAUUUAAGAAAUUUUAAUUAAUUGUAAAACAAAUUAUUAUGAUGAGAGUUUAGCAUAUUUAAUGAGAGCUAAAGCCUUUCUCUGUUAAUUAGGGGAGUUUUAUAUUUCCUCAAGUUGCCAAUAAUGUUAAUCAGAAUAAGGAUUUUAUUCAGUCACAUAUAAUGCAACAAAAUGUUCAAUUUUUGAUAAAAACAAAUUUGAGGCAAUUACAUCGAAUUAAAUUCUAUUAAAAAUUGGUUAUUGGAGACCACAUUACACUUCUGAUGAUGUAGAAUUAUGUUAUAAAAACCAAUAUCUUUGUUAAGGAGGUUGGGGUGUUAAUAAUGAUUUAUGUUUUAAGGGACAUUUAGGAGGACUUUGUGAAGAAUGCGAUAGAUUUAAUAUAAGAGGUGAUGGAUAAUUCUUUAAAAAUUAAUAAUCAGUAGAAUGUGAGCAAUGUUAGGAUGCUACCAAGCGGUUAAUAGCAUUUUUUUUAAUUUCAAUAUGGUAUUGCAAAUUUUAAUAAAUUAUAGGGCUAUUUUAUCAACACUAUUAACUAUCGGCAGUAUUGAAAAAUCAAAUAUAUUAUUUGCAUAACUUAAACUUAGAUAAAAGUUUGCUAAUAUUUUAUUCAAACUGAAUUAAGGUAUUAAUUUAUUUAUAUUAAAAUAUUUAGAUCAUGAAAGUAUUUUAUUUAAAUUAUUUCUUAAUUAUUUAUGGAUAUUUUCACUCAUCUUUACAUUUAAUAUUAAAUUAACCAUAUCUUUAGGUAUUUUUAAAUAAUCAAAUGAUACUUCAUAUUUUAUGACCAAUUUUUUUGAAUGUUUUUUGUCUGAAAUUUAAGAGAUAGAAUUAAUUUAUAGUAGAAUCAUAGUUAUGUUAGUCCUUAUGCUUUGUUAAAUAUUAGUAAUCUUUAUUGGUUUUAAAAUUUUUUCAAUAAUUAAAAACACUAAAUUCAAAAGCCUAAUUAUUUCAAUUACUAUCUUAUAAAUGUAUGUACAAAAUUAUGCUUCUUUACUUAAUCAGUAAUAAUAUUUAUUUUUUAUAAUUAGAUUUUUUUCUAUUUUAGUUGGUAGAUAGAUUUCAAAUAUAAAAUACAUAUCAGGUGAUGUAUCAUUACUGUAUGGAUCUAAAAAUCAUAUUUCUUGGAUAUAUGGAUUUUCAAUACCUGGAUCUUGCUUAAUUGGAUUCAUUUUACCCUCAUUAAUAUUUUUGAUUUUGUACAUCUAUAGAGAUUAACAUGAUAAAAUAAAGUUUAGAAGGCAUUUAGGAUAUUUAUUUAAUGAAUAUACUUAAAAUAGCUAUUUUUGGGAAAUUGUAAAAUUAUGGAAAAAAACUAUUAUCAUUCUUAUCUUAAUAUAUUUUUAAACUGACAUAUAUUUUAAAGCAUAAUUAUUAAGCCUUUGCUUAUUGUUUUACUAAUUGAUUGCCUCUAAAUAUAAACCUUAUAUACUUAAGAAACUUAAUUAAUUAGAUAAUUAAAGUGUAUAAUUUUGCUUAAUUGCAAUAUUUUUAGCAGUUCUCAAAAAUAUAUCUGAAUAAAAAGAAAAUGAUAAUAUUUCAGCAAUCAUUCAAAUAUUUAUUAUUGUAGAUAGUAUUAUAUUGAGUUAUCCAUUUAUUAUGAAUAUUCUAAAUACUUAUAUUCUCAAACACAAGGUAAAAGUCAUUUCAUUACUCAUAAAUAUGUUUUCAGCUUUUAAACCUAAUUUUGCAAUUACAAAAUUCCUUAGAAAUAGACUAAAUAAAUGGAAAUAAAAAGAAGAAAAAGCAAAAUAAAAUAUUGUAAAAAUAAGAAAAAUUCUAUUCAAAAAAAACUAUAUUUUCAGAAAAUAGUAAUAUACUAUAGUAUUUUAGGGUUAAACUUAAUGAAUAAAAAACUGAAUUGGUAUAACUAACCGUUUAAACUAAUUUCGAUAAAGAUAUAUGA